CCCUAAGGCUCCGCCCCCACGGCGAGGACGGGCCCCGCCCCCGCCCCUGCCCGUGCUUGUGGGGGCGGGGGGCCUCUGGCCCCCGCUGUUACCAGCCUGGAACACUCGGGUCGCGGGCGGUUGCAGAGACGCAGUCCGGGCGGGAGGAAGGAGCGGACCCGGGACCUGAGUUCGCAAUGCCAGAUGUGUAUGUGGUCCCGGGUGGAGCCUCGCCAGAGAUGCCCAGGGAGGAUUCUCAUCAGUCAGAAGUGGAGGGUAGCAGUGUCCAUUCCAGCUAUUCCAGUGAGACCUUUGAGUCCUUCACAGAAGAGGAGGUGAAGGAGGAGGUGGCAGAAGAAGAACAAUGUCAGCUGAUUGAGGGGAAAGCCCCCGGCUCCUUGGCCUCUUCUGAAGAAUGCCUGACCGAGUCUAGUGCCUCUGGGAGCCAAGCUGUGAGCAAGAAGCUGAUGCCAAGCUUAAAGGAUGGAGAUGAGCCCUUGAAGACAUUGGACCCUGCUGCUUUGGAAGAGAAAUUGAGUCAAAAGUGGAUCCAGCAUCUCAAGGCCAAAGAAAGUCCUGUUGGACAGCCCCAGGCUGAUGGACGACCCCAGGCAGGCCCCAGGCCCCGAGCAGAUGUCGUGGAAGCAUCAGAGAGUGAAGAGGAUGCUCUGCAGGCUUUUUAUGCCACUAAGAUAAAGGUGAUUCGUCAUCAGCUGAGCUCUCAGGAGACAAAGGGCAGCAGCCUGCCGAGGCAGCAGCAAGGACUGGGUGCAGAGAAGCCAGUGACAGAUGAGCGGAACGACUGUGUUGUUCCUCGUCAGCUGAUCAACAGAAUCUCUCAGCAAAACCUGAGGAUGGCACCCAACAAGGCAUCAGCAGUUAAAGAGCACAAGUGUUCCCGGUGCCCAGAGUGUACCAAGAAGAGAGGAGAACUCUCCCAGCUGACCUUUCUGCGACAGAAAAAGACCUUCCUAGAGUCGGCUCUGCUCAAACAGAAAAUGGAAGAGCACCGCCAUACCAAAGACUUUCUCAGCUUCAUUGGAGAAAUCCACGAAAGCCUUCCCAAGCUUUCAGAUGACCCAGAGACCAUCUGGAAAAGAUUAAAUGCUCGAGGUCAGGUUGGGUAGAGUGUGGCUCAGCUUGGCCCCAGAGCAGGAGGCUGGAUUGAACUAUCAGGCCCUCUCCUCUCCAUCCUGGGCCCUGCCUCAUGCCCUUUGAUACCACCAGCUGUCAGUAAUAUGUGGUCAAUAAACAGAUGUUU